AUGAAAUCUUCAUCGGAAAGAAUUGGAAGGGAAUUUUUCAAAGACGAUGUAGUAGAUGUGUCUCAAAAACUCAUUGGUAAGCUUCUUUGCAGAAAAUUCUCUGAUGAGACAAUAAAAAAAUUUAGAAUUAAUGAAACAGAAGCAUAUAGAGGACCUGAUGACCUUGCAUGCCAUGCAUCAAAGGGGAAAACAGAGCGAACAAAAGCUUUCUUUUUAGAAGGAGGUCAUCUUUAUGUGUAUAUGUGCUAUGGUAUUCAUUGGUUAAUAAAUAUAGUAACUGGAAAUGCUGAUGAGCCUCAAGCAACCCUAAUUAGAGGAAUUGAGACUGCUCCAGGGCCAGGUCGUGUAGGUUCACGCUUAGAAAUUAGCAAAGAUUUGUAUGGUAUCGAUCUUUGCACUUCAGAUAUCAUGUGGUUAGAAGAUGAUGGUGUGAAAUGGGAUUAUAUAUCAACACCUAGAAUUGGAAUUGAUUAUGCAGGGGAACCAUGGAUUAGCAAGCCAUGGAGAUAUUAUCAUGAAACAGAGGAAUCUAAGAAAGUGGCUCCUAAAGUUGGAAAACCAAAGAAAAAGAAAAUUUCCCAAUCUAAAAAACAAAGAUUAGCAGAUGAUUCAUAUUCAGACUAA